UUGAGUGAGCUGGGGCACCCUCUCCCAGGAAAAAUGCAUAUCUGGAUCCUAAAAAUAAUCCUUCUGAUUGCAUCAUCUCUGAGGCUGGUUGAGAUGUAUGACAAUUAUGGGGAGAUCUGUCGAAGCCUGUGCACGUGCGAGGAGAAGGAAGGGAUCCUGACGGUGAGCUGCGAGAACCGGGGGAUCAUCCGACUGACGGAGAUCAGCCCCGUCCGUUUCUCCAUGUACCACCUCCUGCUGACAGGGAACCUCCUGAAGAAGCUGUCGGUCAACGACUUCAUCAACUACACCGGGGUGACCAUCCUGCACCUGGGGAACAACGACAUCUCGGAGGUGGAGUCCGGCGCCUUCAACGGGCUCCAGGGAUUAAAAAGGUUGCACCUGAAUAACAACAAGAUCGAAAUCCUUCGGGACGACACCUUGGCAGGACUGGAGAGUUUGGAAUACCUACAGAUUGAUUACAAUUAUAUCACCAACAUAGAUCCCAAUGCCUUGAGCAGACUGCACCAACUGACAGUUAUGAUCCUGAACGACAACCUGCUCUUUUCCCUGCCUGUGAACAUCUUUCGGAAUGUUCCCCUGACACACUUGGACCUGAGGGGAAACCGGUUAAAAAUGUUCCCCUACAUCGGCCUCCUGGAGCACAUGGACAAAGUGGUGGAAUUACAGCUGGAGGAGAACCCGUGGAAUUGCUCCUGCGAGCUCAUCGCCCUGAAGGCCUGGCUGGAGAGUAUAGCAUACACGGCCCUGGUGGGGGAGGUGGUGUGCGAGACGCCGUUCAGGCUCCACGGCAGGGACCUGGAUGAGGUGUCGAAGCAGGAGCUCUGCCCGAGGAGACCCCCGGAGGACACGGCCCGGCCGGCGCCCCCUAGCAGCACUAAUGGAUAUUACCAGACCACACCUGCUGCCGUCACCGCCUCCGCCACCUCCUCGGCUGUUUUUCGGUCCUCCUCCAGGCCCACCAAGGGCACGCGACAAUUCAACAGAACUAGGGUAAAGCCCACGUCCCGAUUAUCCGGCGGCAACCCUCACAACUAUGGCCCCAUCAUUGCUUUUCAGACCAAAUCUCCUGUGCCUUUGGACUGCCCCACCACCUGCACAUGUAAUCUGCAGAUAUCUGAAAUUGGGCUAAAUGUCAACUGCCAAGAGAGAAAGAUUGAAAGCAUUUCAGAUCUAAAACCCAAGCCAUACAAUCCCAAAAAAAUGUAUCUCACUGGAAAUUACAUCCCCGUGGUGCGGCGAUCCGAUUUUGUCGAUGCCACUGGAUUGGAUUUGCUUCACCUGGGAAACAACAGGAUAACACAGAUCCACGACCGGGCUUUUGGGGAUUUAACCAACCUGCGUAGGCUGUAUUUGAAUGGUAAUCUCAUGGACAGACUUACAGGAGAAAUGUUUUUUGGUUUGCAGAACUUGCAGUAUCUUUAUUUAGAGUACAACAAAAUCAAGGAGCUGGACGAGGGCGCUUUCCGCUACCUCCCUAAUCUCCAGCUGCUUUUCCUCAACAACAACCUCCUGAAAACCUUACCUGUGGGCAUCUUUUCCAGCCUCUCUCUGUCUCGGCUGAAUCUGCGUAACAACCAUUUCCAAAACCUGCCCGUGAGUGGGGUGCUGGAUCAGCUGAAGCUGCUGUUGCAGAUAGACCUGUUUGAAAAUCCCUGGGACUGCUCCUGUGACAUAGUGGGGAUGAAGAUAUGGCUGGAGCAGCUCAGCGCCGGCACGGUGGUCAACGAGGUCGUGUGCGAGUCACCCAAGCGCCACACCGCAAUGGACCUGCGCUCCAUCCAGUCGGAGCAGCUCUGCCCGGACUACUCGGAUGCCUACGUCUCAUCGAGUACCCCGACGGACGAGCCCAUGGACGACCGGGUCGUGACCACGGCGGCCCCGCAGAAGUUCAACACCCCGAGCAGCACUGUCCCCCUCUCUGUCCUCAUCCUCAGCCUCCUGCUUGUCUUCAUCAUGUCCGUCUUCGUGGCUGCGGGGCUGUUUGUCGUGGUGAUGAAAAAGCGCAAAAAGUCACAGAGCGACCGCACCAGCACCAACAAUUCGGACGUCAGCUCUUUCAACUUGCAGUACAGCCUCUACAGCAACCGCUCUUGCCCGAAAGUCAAGGCCCCGGCCAGUCACGUCUACGAGUACAUCCCCCACCCCAUGGGCCACAUGUGCAAAAACCCCAUCUACAGGUCACGGGAGGGAAACACAGUGGAGGAUUACCGCGACCUCCACGAGCUCAAGGUCACAUACAGGAGUACCGCGGACGACGAGAGGGACAGCGGCACGAUGAGGAGCCCGACGUACAGCGUCAGCACCAUCGAGCCCCGUGACAACCCCUCCCCCGUCCAGGAUGCGGACCAUUUCUUCCGGGGCAUCCUGGAGACGGAUAAGCAGUCGCCCCACCAGUCCAUCCCGUCCCUCCCCGCGGGCGCCAAUUUAGAGUUCAAGUACACGGGGCCGGUGUCGUACACGUACAACCCCAAUUUCGAUGUCAGGCGUCAGUUCUUGCACCCGGAGAGGAUAAGAGAAACGGUGCUCUACGGCACGGCACCCAGUACUGUCUAUGUCGAGCCCAAUAGGAAUGAGUAUUUGGAGCUAAAAGCUAAACUGCAGUCUGAGCCCGAUUACCUCGAAGUUCUUGAGAAACAGACCACCUUCAGCCAGUUCUGA